GAGUGAUUUCAUGCCAUGUUUAGCUGGAUGUCUGCUCAGUCCAAUACCUUGCACUGUUCACGAUGAUGGUAUGGCAGAAUGCUAUUUUGCACUGCAUAUACUGAUCAUGGUUCGUGUGGUGGUGCCCUUGUUUGUCCUCUUCUAUGCCAGGAGGUGUGUAAUCUAUAGCAGCCCCAACUGGCUACAUUUCACAUCCAUGUAUACUUUGGUCAUAUUUGUCACACAUGUGACAUUAAAACUCUUAGCUUAUGUCACUUUGCUUGGGGAGGUUCCCAAGUCUCCAGUCAAUGGCUGAACAUGCCAUUGGAUGCUUGCUUGUUGCUGAGCAUUCUUA